AGAGGACGAGGAGCUUUGCUCAGCAGUAGGAGGAGCUCGCGCUUUAGACGCUCCCUCAUUAUGCAUAGCGGGUUUUUGUCCACGCGCGUGCUGCACCCGGCGUUAUAAGAGCAUUCACGCGCCACCGGCCGAAACUCACCAUCAGAGCCGGGACGAGGAGGACAUUGCGAAGGAGGAAACUUCAGAGGGCAUUUUCUGGGCUGUGAAAUGCAACAGACGCCUCAAAAAUGAUGUUCAAAGAGAGCAUGAUUAAGGCGAACGCACUGAUCUUGUCUUGCCUGCUCUGGCACGUCCAGGGGAAGCCACUGUUUCCUGAAAUUGAGAAGCAACCUGAAUUCUGGAACUUAUGGGCGCAGGAAACUCUGAGCAAGGCUCUGCAGGUGGAACACAACACAAACAUUGCCAAGAAUCUUAUUCUCUUCCUGGGAGAUGGUAUGGGUGUACCUACAGUGACGGCAGCGAGGAUCUUGAAGGGACAACUGAGCGGCAAAUAUGGAGAAGAGGGCCAACUUGAGAUGGACAAAUUCCCCUACGUAGCCCUGUCUAAGACCUACAACACAAAUGCUCAGGUGGCAGACAGCGCUGGCACGGCCACAGCAUACCUGUGUGGAGUGAAGGCCAACGAGGGCACUGUGGGUGUGAGUGCAGCAGCUGUGAGGGGCCACUGUAACACCACGCAGGGCAACGAGGUAACCUCCAUCCUAAAAUGGGCCAAAGAUGCAGGCAAAUCUGUUGGCAUUGUAACAACGACACGAAUAAACCAUGCCACUCCAAGUGCCGCGUAUGCCCACUGUGUGGAACGUGACUGGUAUUCAGAUGGGGAUAUGCCUGCUGAGGCGGUGCAGGAGGGCUGCAAGGACAUCGCCAGACAGCUCAUUGAGAACAUUCCCAAUAUCAAUGUGAUCAUGGGUGGUGGACGAAAGUACAUGCUUCCUAAAAAUAUGUCAGAUGUGGAAUAUCCCAGUGAAAAGAAGCACAGUGGGACACGCAAAGACGGCCGGAAUCUGAUCCAGGAAUGGCAAGAAAGAAUGAGAGGCAAGAGGGGUUAUUAUGUUUGGAACAAAGAGGGUCUUCUUUCUUUAAAUCCCUCUUCUGUUGACUAUCUACUGGGGCUGUUUGAGCCAGUAGACAUGCCUUAUGACCUGGAGAGAAACAGCAGUAAAGAUCCUUCCCUUACUGAGAUGGUGGAUGUGGCUAUAAAGAUCCUCAGAAACAACCCGAAGGGGUUCUAUUUGUUAGUAGAAGGCGGGCGCAUUGACCAUGGACACCACGAGGGGAAGGCAAAGCAAGCUCUACAUGAGGCUGUAGAAAUGGACCGCGCCAUCGGUCAGGCCGGUCGCCUUACCAGCAUCCAUGACACGCUGACUGUUGUUACUGCUGACCAUUCACAUGUUUUUAACUUUGGAGGCUACACACCGCGAGGAAACUCCAUUUUCGGGCUUGCACCUAUGCUGAGUGAUGUUGACCAGAAGCCCUUCACAUCCAUUUUGUAUGGAAAUGGUCCAGGUUUCAAGCUCGUCAAUGGUACCAGGGUCAACGUCUCCACUGUGAAUUAUCAUGAGAACAACUAUCAAGCCCAGGCAGCCGUGCCGUUAAGCAUGGAAACUCACGGAGGUGAGGAUGUUGCCAUUUUCUCCAAAGGGCCCAUGGCUCACUUGCUUCAUGGAGUGCAAGAACAGAAUUAUAUCCCCCAUGUCAUGGCAUAUGCAGCCUGCAUCGGCCAAAACCAAAAGCACUGCUCCUCAGGCAACAGCGCUGCAGCUUCAGCCACAACAGUCCCUCUGACUCUAUCUCUACUUAUUGUAGUCACUUGGUUGUUAUGUUGAAUCCUGUACUUUUACCCGACUUACAGACUUUAUUAUCUUAAUUCCUACAGGUGGAUUUUAUAUAUGUAUAUUUUUUUUAGUCAUUUUUUUAAGAGACCUUUGAUCACUUUGUACACCAUUUUACACUUUGGGACCACUGCUCAUAUACUUUGAACAGAAUUUUAGUAAAUAGUGAUAUAAAGAAUAAUAACUGGCUAUAUGCCCUAAAGGAAAAUUUAAACUGAUACCAUGAAAAUGGAAAGCUGUUUUUUUUAUCCUGUAGUACAUAUCAGCUAAAAUAAAGUGGCUAAAUACAGUCACGCUAAAGGGGAAAAAACAAGUGUUUUUUAAAUGUUUCUCAUGAUUUCUUACUAUCUGCUGGAUAAUACCUUAAUUUUGACCCUAUGUACUUACCAAUUCUUUGUAGACUAAAUGUAAUUAUAAUGAUCGUGCUCAGUUAUUUGUAAUUAUGACUAUGAAAAUGUUCCAAGUCUACAGUAUGCACAGGUAUCAGGAUACUACUGUGUUGCAGAAAAUAAUCCCAGAUUUAAACUGUCAUUAUAUUCCCAGUGACUCUGGUUGUUGCACAACGAUUUUCGGCAUUCAAAUAUGCAAAAGGUCCUCUUUUAGAUUUUUUAUAGGACUUCUCACAACCGAUGCUUUAGCAUACUUUUUUCUAAUGCAUAUUCUACCAUCAAAUUGUCUGCAUAGUCUAUUCAAUUUAAAUUAUGACAUUAUGAAGAUUGCAUCUGAAAUCUGAUUUGGUCGGCUACUGCUCAAUUAUAGUAUUCUUGUUGAUACAAAACUAUAAUGAUGGUUAGUGUGCACUUAAAAAUUGUUAUCAAGAUAUGCAUUUAUUGUCUAGUUAGUGUCUAACUUAAAUCAGCUGUGCGUUAUACAAUGAAGAGCGUGCUUGUGUGCCGUGAGAGAACAAAGGUUAAGGAAACAAACCUGUUACUGUAUCAUCAAAUUUUUGAAAAGAUGUGGAAAAUUUUACAAUGCAAUAGUAUUGUUACUUUAUUGUAUUAAUGUUAAUGUCCAUUUAUUCCCAUGCCAUGUAAAUUAUUCCAAAUAAAUACAUUUCUGAUUUCCAUGUAAAA